CCUCCUCCUUGUCCUCCCCUCUCCCUCUUUAACUCUGCAAGAACCCAGGCUACAGUCACUCAAUUCAUCGAAAGAAUGAAUUUUUAAGUAAAAUUAAGAAAACCCAUAAAUCUUCGGUUCCAACCCAAUCCAAUCCAUGGCAGAAAAUGCAGCUGCUGCUGCUGCUGCUGCAGCCUCUUCGCCUAAACCUCUCCCUUCUCCGAAUACAAUUAUAGACCCAUCGUCACAACCACAACCACAACCACAACAAGCAGCAACCUUGACGAACACUAACACGACGAACUUAACACAGACACAGACACAAAACCUAUCCAAUUUACCUCAAAACACACAUAUCUCUUCCUGUCCUUCACUGGACCACUCCCAAAUCUCCUCUUCGCCUUCUCUCCAACCUCCACAACAGCAACAGCAACAGCAACAGCAACCGGUUUUGCAGCAACAACCGCAGCAGCAGAAUGUCACCGCAAUUUCAGGCUAUCAAAUCCAACAAACCCUUCAAAGAUCUCCUUCCAUGUCACGCUUGAGCCAAAUUAACCAACAACAACAGAACCAAUACGGUGGCGUUUUGAGGCAGCAGCAACAGGGCUUAUACGGGCAAAUGAAUUUUGGUGGGUCUGCUUCAAUUCAACAGAAUUCGCAGCAGAAUCAACAAUUGGGUGGUGCCAAUUUGUCUCGCUCAGCACUUCUCGGCCAGACUGGCCUUCCUAUGUUCACCGGCGCAGCUGCUGCCGCUCAGUUGAACUUGCCCUCACAAUUGUUGGCUUCACCGAGGCAGAAAGCUGGGUUAGCCCAAGGGUCCCAAUUCCAUUCUGGUGAUUCUCCGGGGCAGUCCUUGCAGGGGAUACAAGCAAUGGGAGUGAUGGGAUCGCUAAAUUUGUCACAACUAAGACCUAGUGGGGCACUUGCAUAUGCUCAACAGCGAAUGAGUGCAGGGUCAAUGAGGCAGCAACUGGUGCAACAAAAUUCGCUCACCUCUCAGGUUCAAAGCCUACAAAGAACACAAUCACUGGCAUAUAUGAACCAUCAGAUUUCAGGGCUGGCUCAGAAUGCACAGCCAACUAUGAUGCAGAGCUCUCUGUCACAGCAACAGUGGUUGAAGCAAAUGCCAACUAUGUCUGGUCCUGCCUCACCUUCACUCCGUCUUCAAAGGCAGUCACAGGCUCUCUUGCAGCAGCAAUUGGCUUCAUCUGGUCAACUGCACCAGAAUUCAAUGGCACUGAACUCACAACAGUUAUCCCAGCUGGUACAGCAGCAGCCCCAAAUCGGACACCAACAACUACAGCAGCAGCAGCAGCAGCAGCAGCAGCAGCAACUACUACAGCAACAGCAACAGCAACAAUCACAGCAACAGUUGCAACAAGUGUCUUUGCAUCAGCAGCAGCAACAUCAACAACAAUCUCCAAGGAUGCCAGGACCCCCAGGCCAGAAAACUCUUAGUUUGACAGGAUCACAGCCAGAUGCAACAGCAUCUGGAACAACUACACCAGGGGGGAGUUCAAGCCAAGGAACAGAAGCAACUAAUCAACUUCUCGGGAAGAGAAAGAUACAGGACUUGGUUUCACAGGUGGAUUCACAUGGAAAGCUAGAUCCUGAAGUUGAAGAACUUUUUCUGGAAAUUGCCGAUGACUUUAUUGAUUCAGUGACUGCAUUUGCUUGCAGUUUGGCUAAGCAUCGGAAAUCUUCAACUUUAGAGUCCAAAGAUAUAUUGCUGCACUUAGAGAAAAACUGGCAUUUGACAAUUCCUGGAUUUUCAUCGGAAGAGAGGAAGCACCAAAGUAAACCUUUGCCUAGUGAUCUCCACAAGAAGCGUCUUGAUAUGAUUCGUGCAUUGAUGGAGUCCUCUCAGCCUGAAGAAAAUAAUAUCAAUCCUAAAGAGAUGAUAAGACAAGGACAUGGCAACCCAGCUGUUACUAAUCACCUGAUAAGACCUUCACCAAGUUCAGAGCAGUUGGUUUCACAGUCAACUGCUUCUCCAAUGGUGCAGCAGAUUACACGGUUUUAAUUGAUUUAGGUUUUUGUUUCUGAUAUGGACUCAAUGCAGUUUGAUUUAACUGCCUAGACUUUGCUGGUGAGAAUUUAAUUUCAUCUUGCAAUUGUGCGUGUGUGAAAUUUACAGUCUGCACAAAUUAGAGAUUGCUCUGCAUGUCCUUUCAAUGCCGGUAAAACUGCUUGCCAAGAAUGUAGUUCCUGGUCUCUUUGCAUUGAUGACAAGCAACUAACAUGGGUCUAGAAAGAAAAGUAGUGCAUAAAUUCAUCACUCAUCAUUUAAUGCAUGGAAGGAUUUGCCUUUUUUGAUUUUCUGAUUUAGUACAAUGCCUAAAAUCAUGUUGGAUUUGCAUGUAAGAAUAGCUGCAUGUUUUCACUGAUAGAAUUUUGCAUGAGAGAGAGAUGAGUUUCAUUUAUUGCAAGGUGCAUUACUAUUGCUGCAUUUAUUCAAUAUGUACUAGCUUCUCAUGGUUUCAGGGUGAUUAAAUGGUAUUUGCUAUCACUGAAAGCAUAUUAGUAUCUCUGUUCCUACAUUGCUAAAACUUUUAAGCACUUUCUUCCACAGUUUGGAUUGGUAGCAGCAAAGCUGUAGUUGGAUUGGAGCCCAGCAGAUCUGUAAUUAUAUGGAGUAAUCCCCUAAAUGGCCGUGGAGAUUGCAUCAGCGGACCAUCUAAUUUAUUAUAGUUAUCAUUGUUGUGUAUGAUCAUUUGAUUUGGUGGUGAAUAGCUCGCCCUAGUUCAAGUUCAUCUAGCGGCUUAAAGAGUGCAAAUGGAGGUUCCAGUUGCCUGUCAUGUGUUUAUUUUGCUUGUUCAAUGCUGUAAGUUGACAUUAAAGCAAAGUACAAGAAUGGAUUUCGCAAAAAUUCUACACCAUUGGAUUUUGGGCCCCACGUGCGUCUCACGGUUUUGGGUUUUUCUUUUCAUUUCUUUGGGGGUUGGGGCACUAAUGAGACGGUGUAGGAUUUUUGUGAAAUUCAUUCCUCUGCCUGCUUUCAUGUAAAAGGAGACUAAAUAUUUCUUAUGAAAAGCAUUUUCUUACGUUCA